AUGUUUGUGGCCACCGAGUGUACGCCGGAAGUGUCCACCUCGGACAUUGUGGCACGCACCGUCAAGGAUUACGAUCUCUUUGUGCGCCGAAAUCUGGCACGCGGAUACACCGCCAAGGAGCUGAAUGUCUCCUUUCUCUCAGAGAAGAAGUUCCUUCUGCAAAAUAAAAUGCAUGAACUGAAGGAUCGGGGCAGGCGGGCCUUUGGCCGCAAACGUCUGUUCCCUAUCUGGCGCGAGUCGAAGGGCAAGAUAAUGAGUGCCUGGGGCUCAAAUACUUCCCUGGCAGCAGAAAGCUAUUUUGAUUCCGAUCAGAACGAUAGUGAGGAUGAGUAUAUGGACGCUAUGUCAACAAGCGACAGUGUGCUGGAAGUGCAUGCCGCUGCUGCAGACCUGCAGCAGCAAAAGGCAGCAGGAACAGGCAAGAGGCAAGAGCGACAGAAGAGGCACCAGGAGCAGGAGCAGGAGCAGCUGCAGCAUAUGCUGCAACCGGAAGCAAAUGUGCAGCAACAGCAUCCAGGAGCGCAGAGCUUUCCACUCACAGACAGAGAGAGAGAGGCAUAA